GCACAGGUAUUUAAUUCUCUGGACUAGACAGAAGGUCGAAAGAACAGGGAGGCCAUUUUGGAUUUUAAGUAAACUUCUCGUGUGAUCCCGGCGUCAGAAAUGCAUCCCCGGCGCAGUGCUCAGGAAGUCCUACUGUGUGACCUCUGUGAAACUGUCCCCCUACAGAGUCACUGUGAACUUUGUAAUAUAAAUCUAUGUGUUAACUGUGCAGGAAAGCAUGUCUCAGACUCGUCUAAACGACACAAAGUCGUGCCCUUUUUACACAGAAAGUCUACUCCUAACUACCCGAAAUGUCCGAAACACGCCGACAAACAAUGUGAAAUGUACUGUGAAAAAUGCGACAUUCCUGUCUGUAUUACCUGCAUCACUUCAGGUAAACAUAAAGGUCACGAUAUAUCAGAUGUUCUGGAAAAACUCAGCGCUAAAGCAGAAAGUUUACAAAAAGAUUUAGAGGAACUAGAGAGCAGAAUUUAUCCCCGAUAUGAAGAAAUGGCGUCCGAUGUCCAAACUGAGAAAUCCGAGUUAGAAACGAAAUACGGGAAAUUGACAACAGCUGCCGAUCAACAAGGAGAAGCCUUACACCGGGAGGUCACCGCCAUUGUCAACCAGCGGAAAUCCGACAUCCAGGAGAUGAAAAACAAACACCUAUCUACCCUGAAUAAAAAUACAGAAGAAAUCACACAGAAAAUGGCGGAACUCAAACAAAUCAUUUCCGACUUGAAAUCAAUCCUAAAAUCAAAUGACGUCUCUCUAACGUCAACGUACAAAUCUAGGAAUGGCGAGUUCCGACAAUUACCUCCUAAAGUCCGAGUCACAUUACCGAGUUUAUCUCCUCAGAAAAUUAACACAGAAAAGCUCCGUGAAAUGUUUGGUUCUCUGUCGCCAUUAUCCAUUAACACAGAACAUGGCGACACAAUGAAGUCAGCAGAAGCUGUAUCGUCUCCUCCAGUCAAACCAAUGAAGUCAGCAGAAGCUGUAUCGUCUCCUCCAGUCAAACCACUGCUUGAUGAACCGCGAAUCACCGACACCAUAGACACUGGGUAUAGACACAGACUAUACAGUGUUAGCUGUCUGAGUGAAGAUCAAGUCUGGACAUGCGGGGAUAACGAAACCAUGAAUCUCCUCAACCUCCAGAGUAAACUACUGACAUCAAUAAAAACCAAGUCAGGGGACACACCAACAGACAUAGCAGUGACACGGGACGGAGAUCUUGUUUAUACUGAUAGUAACAAUAUAAACCUAAUUAAGAAUAAACAGAUACAGACCGUGAUCACACUACAGGGGUGGAGACCUCUCAAUGUCUGCAAUACUUCGUCUGAUGAUCUCCUGGUUACCAUGAUCAGUGAUGAUAGAGAACAAUCCAAAGUCGUGCGUUACUCCGGCUCCACAGAGAAACAAAGCAUUCAGUUUGAUGAUCAGGGUCGUCCUCUCUACUCAUCUGGUGGUUUAUAUAAAUACCUCAGUGAGAACAGGAACCUGGAUAUCUGUGUGGCUGACUGGUCAGUUAGUGCAGUAGUGGUGGUCAAUCAGUCAGGAAAACUCCGAUUUAGAUACACUGGUCAUCCCUCUAAUACCGAGCAAUCAUUUGAUCCACGCGGCAUCACUACAGACAGCCAGAGUCACAUCCUGACAGCAGACUAUAACAAUCACCGUAUCCACAUCCUAGAUCAGGACGGACAGUUCCUCCGUUACAUUCACUGUGAUUUAGACACUCCAUGGGGUUUAUGUGUGGACAUCAGAGACAACCUCUUUGUGGCUGAGCGGUUCACUGCUAAAGUGAAGAAAAUCCAAUAUCUAUAAACACAGUGUUAAUUACACAUCUCUACAGUGUUAAUUACAUCUACCAACACAGUGUUAAUUACACCUACCAACACAGUGUUAAUUACAUCUACCAACACAGUGUUAAUUACAUCUACCAACACAGUGUUAAUUACACCUACCAACACAUCUCAAUAUACUGUAAUUUACAUAACUGUGUUAAUUCCUUCUACUUGUUAAUUACAUCAGCUUGUUAAUUACAGUCCUGUAUUAAUUACAUCCCUGUGUUAAUUACAGCCCUGUGUACAUUACAGUCCUCUGUUUGUGAUGUGUAACAUGUACUUGUGUUUGUGAGUUUAACAGAACAUUAUUUUGUUUGUGAAUUAAUUCAAUAUGUGUUUGAUUUUACAAUGUAUAUAUUAGAUAAAUAUGAUACAGA